GAUUAUAAAUUAACAUAAUAAAACUGGCCAAAAAUAAUAAUGUAUCUUAUAAAUAAAAAGAUGUUACUACCUAUAUAUAUAAUGUGUUGUUCACAUCACAUACGUGGAACUCACAGCUCAUUAGAUCUUUGGUUAAACCGAAGGAUACCUAGCUUAUUGAGAGUAUUUAAGUUAAGUCGGUUUCACUAAGAAGAUAGAGAUGGAUGGUUUUUUAUUCAGUCAGGAUGGUACAUGUUUAAAUUAGAUAAUGACACUGAAGUUCGUUUUCCACACUCAAGAAUACCGGCUCCAGUUUUUGGCCCGGAUACAAAGAGUUUGAAGGCUUAUUCAUGGAAGAUUGAAUGUCCUCUAAAUUUGAAACACCUUCUUUGGCAAAUCAUCUCAGGAUGUCUGCCAUUACGGAAUAAUCUCAAACAACGGGGCAUAAAGUGUGAUACAUAAUGUGCAAGGUGUGGGCAGAAGAAGAAACAAUAAAUCAUAUUUUGUUUGAAUUUCCACCGGCUAUUCAGGUAUGGGCUCUAUUUGGGAUUUCCACUAAUCAAGGAUGUUUUCAUAUGCAAUCAGUCUUUGCAAAUAUAGAUUAUUUAUUUUAGAGAAUUGAUCAUAUAUUGUAGAUCACCAUUUUGCUUGGAUUCUUUAAUUGGUAUAUUUGGAAGGGGUGAAACGAUAAAAUAUUUAAUGGUUUUGACAGAGACCCUAGAGAUACUUUACAGGUGGUGGAAACAGAAACAACUCUUUGGAGGGACGCGCAAUUGGAUAAAGGGAUCAUAGGAACUCAGAAUUCAACUCAUAAGAACGAAGAAACUUAUGUUAUUCCACGUAGGAUUGGGUGAUGGUGCUACAAAAAUGUUUCCUAGAAAAAUAAAGACUUAUUCUCAGGACAAGGCACUACAAGAAAACACGAAACAUUCUGACGGAAAUUCCGAUGGCGACAAAAUUUAUCGGAACUUUAUGACACAUUUCUGACCUAAUACCGACGAACUGUUUAUUUUCGCAUUCGUCGGUAUUUCGUCGGGAAUUUUCGACGAAAUACCGACGAACAUUACUUUAUCGGUAACUUUCGACGAAAUUCCCACCACUUUCCGAGGAAAGAAUAUAUCCGUUACGCAACAUUUUUAUGUGCUUUCUAUUUUUUAACUUUCGUCGGCAAUUCCUACGAAAUUCCGACAAAAGUAUAUAACCAUUACGCGAGUGUUUUUAAAGUUUUGUAUUUUAUAUUGUCGUCGGAAGUUCGUCGGAAAAUACCGACGGAAGAUUUUUAACCGUUUUAUUUCCGACGGAAUUCCGACGAAUAUUAUUACCGUUGACAGUUUCCGACGAAUUUCCGACGGUUUGAUGCUUUUCCGUCAGAAUUCUGUCGGUUCUGUCGGCAACUUUCCUUUACAAAUACGUGCUCUCCCUCAUUUCCCUCAUUCACAAUUCAUUCUCUCCUCAUUCUGUUUACUACAAUUCCAAAAAAAAAAAUCAUGUCUUCUGGAAAUUAUUAUCGUUCAUGGAUGGAUAAAACACAUUUGGAUCCAAACAACAACUUGCUUACCUAAGAAUACACAUAAGGCAUUGGAGAAGUCAUGAGGCUUGUUCAACGACAACCGGAAGCAAAUACCCGUAUGUUAAGAUGCCCUGCUCUUUCACCACUGCAGGCAGAAAUGGAAGCCUUAAUUUAGGCGAUGAAGUGUAUGAAUUUUUUUUGAAAAUUCAGUAUCAUAUUUGCAACAGAUUGUUCUUAGUUGGUGAAGAUGUUUUCGGAAAAUCAUAUUUUUCCACCAAAACCGCAAAAUAUUUUUUUCCCAAAAUCACAAAAUCAUUUUUCCUGUUAAAACCACAAAAUUAUUUUCUUUCCAAAACUACAAAAUCAUAUUUCCUUAAAAAUCCUCCAAUCACUUUUUUCCACAAAAAUUGCAAAAUAUUUUUUUUUUCUCGGAAAAGAUCUUGAUAACACAUUUUCCCACAAAAAAAAACACUUUCUGCCAAAAUCGUGAAAUCACAUUUUCCCGCCAUAGUCGUAAAAUCACUUUUUCGCAAAAAUAACGCAAUCACUUUCCCCACAAAAGCAAUUUUCCACCAAAAUCGUGAAAUCACAUUUUUUUGCCAAAAACCGCAAAAUAAAAAUUUCUCGCCAUCGUGGAAUAACAUUCCCCCUCCCCAAAACUGAAAAUCAUUUUUUCACCAAAACCUUAAAAUCACUUUUCCCACCAAAACUGAAAAUUACUUUUCCUACUAAAAUCGUGAAAUCAUACUUUCCACCAAAACCGAAGAAUCGUCUUUUCAAAAUAAAAUUCUAAAACUAUUUUCCCGCAAAAUCCCCCCCCCCAAAGUUGUUAAAUAAUAUUUUUUCACCAGAACUGGAAAAUUGCAUUUUCUCGCAAAAUUACAUCAGUUUGCAUUUAUUUUAAAUAUAACCAGAGUAUGAUGAAGAUCCAAAUAUAGUUAAAUAUAAAUCAUGUUUAUUUUAGUCUUUUUAUUAACUAGUGCAUUUGGAUGUUAAUAGAAAUUCAGAAAAUAAAAAUUAAACAAACACAGUUUCAUCGAGAUGCUUCACAUGGAUGCACUAUCCAAAAUACAAAUGAACAACAUCCAUAUAUGACAUAUGAAUAAGACAUAUAAAUGAAUCAUCUUAAUGCAUCUUCCAGAUGUACAAACGAAGAAUAUCUAACACAAACAUCAUCGGCGUUUACUCUUACAUAGAAAUAAGAGAUUGAGCAAAUCAAAUUAUAUAAUCAAAAGCCAAUGUCAGGAGAGUAUCUUGCAACUGAGUAUCUUGCAACAAAUUUUUUUUUUUUAAUAAAACAAAUUUAAUUUAGUAUACAACAAAAUCUAUAGAAAGAGACCGUACAUACAUUUCAAUCAGCAAAAACAUUGCAUGUUACACUCUGGAUCUGAUAACAAUACAUUUCGUCACUGAAAACACUUUGUCAAGGAGUGACCACAACACUAAAGAAGAUUCUAGUCAUAACCGAAUCGAUAUCACUACAUGAAACAUGUAAUGAGCUGCGAAAGGAAGGCCACAGAGAGCGUUAACACAUUCCAACGAUUAGUUCAUAAGCAAAUCCAACAGUUACGUCAGCAAGAAGUUGUCCAGUACUACUUCAAAAACUGAAAACUACCAUGGCCUAAUCGCCAGAGACUGAAUCAUUUAAUGCUCAUCCCACUCAAUGUAAACCUUAUUAGGUUUUUCACUGAAAACAUUUUCUUAAGGAGUGACCGAGACAAUAAAAAUAUUCAGUACAUCAGAAAAUCUACAUAAUCACAUGAAACAUGCAAUUAGCUGCCAAAAAAAGGCCACAAAGAGGGUUAAUAUAUUCCAAUUUUUAGUUCUUAAGCAAAUACAAACAUUAGCAGAGUUUAUAGCUUGGACCUAAUACUACUUUGAUGUUAACCUAAACUCGACCAUUUUAUACGUUGUUCACCACUUCAAAAACUGCAAAUGACCAUGACUUAAUGUUCAAAGUAAUAAAAGACUGAAUCUUUCAGUCCCCACUCCCACUCAAUGUAUCUGGAAACCCCAGCAAAGGCCAAUUCAAAAGCCGUUUCCACUCAAAUUUCAUGUAGCUGAACCCUAAGGUCAAGUAAGUUGGUACCCGUAAAUGUCUUCGCCAAUUUGUAAUAGCUUCUCGAAGAAAGAGCCACCAAAAGAUCCCACAUUGGCAAUCGAACCCGGUUGAAGGACCUGUUUCCUGCAUGUUAUGCAACUUUGGCCGUUUCUACUGCAUCGUCGUCUGCAGCGACUGACUUAUAACCGUCACCGGCACGUUCUUCAUUGUCACCUCGAAUUCACUUGAUGGGUUUUGAAGGACAAGUGAGAUCAUAGGAGAAGAGAUGGAAGGAUAUCCAACAAAGGAGAUAUGGCAUAGAAUAAGAAGCUGGUUUUGAUUGAACAAACUUGGUGAGAUACAAUAGUCCUUGUAGUUUCAAUAAACAUGUGAGUCAUUUUUUGUUUUGAAAAAUGGCAAUCGAAUAAGAUACCAUACAUGUUAUUAUGAGUACAAAGGGCAUAAUGGAUUUUUAGAGUGGUGAAAAAGUAAAAUAACCCUAUUUAAACUUAUUGGUACCGUUCUAAAAUUAAAGUUUGUCCAAUUUGUAAGUUUUCACAAGAUGCUCACAUGCAAGGACAAACACCUAGUACUCAAUAUAUACUUUAUGUAAGUGGCAUGCUAAUAGUCAAUAUAUCAUUGGUAAACCAAAUACGUAAAUUUUUGUCAUCUCUUUACGUUUUUUUUUUAUUUUCUCUUUUCCAUUUUAACAUCAAGAAAGACCAAGUGUUAAAAGAACAUCAAGAAAGCCCUAGCUUUGACAAUCUUAUUCUUUAUGAUCUUUGAUCGGCACUAGUGAAGCAACGAUUUUAAUCUAGAAGAUAACAAACAAAAUUUGUCAACUAGUUAAACAAACUUGUGUUAGAUGUCUCAUGGACUGAAUCCACAUUUCCGUAAGGUUUUGGUAGGUUUAAGAAGAUCCAAAAGUACUGUAUAUAAUGAACGCUGACAUUCUGUCAUUCUCUCAACGCAUUCAUCAGCUCAGACUAAAAAAAAGUUGACGGUGAGAGCCUUUUUUUUUACUGAAAGAAGUUGUGUGCAUACCCGCCAAAUGAGGCCCUUCAAACAAAAACCUUAAAAUUAGAAAACUCAACGAAACAAAGAAAAUAAAAUUGGAGGAGAAAAGAAGGAAAGUUAUUCAAAGUGUUAUUGAAACGGUAGAUUCAGAUUGAGACGCGUGAAUUUCUCUCAAACCUUAUGUUCUUUGCGAAACAUUCUCUUAUUUCAUUGUUCAUUCAGAGCCUAUUUUCUUAGCUAUCCUUGUUUUUAUUCCUCGUUUUAAUAUUCUAAAAGAAAAGAAGAAAAAAAAAAAAAAGAAGAUAUUCAAAUGAGAAUACAUUCCUCUAAUCAUCCAUGGUUCUUACUAGCCAUCCUCGUGGUUCUCCUCUCUUUCUCUGGAGCUCUCUCAAGCACACACAAAGAGAAGACAACCUCAAAGAAUCCGAAGAAAGAAGUAACUUAUGAUGGAACGUCUUUAAUAAUCAAUGGAAAGAGAGAGUUACUUUACUCUGGCUCCAUACAUUACCCUCGUAGCACUCCUGAUAUGUGGCCGAAGAUCAUCAAGAGAGCAAAACAAGGCGGUUUGAAUACGAUUCAGACAUAUGUUUUUUGGAAUGUUCAUGAGCCUGUGCAGGGGAAGUUCAAUUUUUCGGGUAGAGCCGAUUUAGUGAAGUUCAUUAAACUGAUCGAGAAGAAUGGUAUGUAUGUAACGUUGAGGCCUGGACCUUUUAUUCAGGCUGAAUGGAAUCAUGGAGGACUUCCUUACUGGCUAAGAGAAGUUCCCGGGAUCUUCUUCCGUACCGACAACAAACCAUUCAAGGAACAUACAGAGAGGUAUGUGAAGGUGAUACUUGAUAAGAUGAAGGAAGAGAAGCUUUUUGCUUCACAAGGAGGCCCCAUUAUUUUAGGACAGAUAGAGAAUGAAUAUAGCGCGGUUGAACGUGCAUAUAAAGAAGAUGGAGUAAACUACAUUAAGUGGGCAGCUAAAUUAGUAGAUUCUAUGAAUUUGGGGAUCCCAUGGGUUAUGUGUAAGCAUAAUAGUGCUCCUGAUCCUAUGAUCAAUGCUUGCAAUGGAAGACAUUGUGGUGAUACAUUCCCUGGUCCCAACAAAAAGAAUAAGCCAUCUUUGUGGACAGAGAAUUGGACUACUCAGUUUCGAGUUUUUGGCGAUCCGCCAGCUCACAGAUCUGUAGAAGACAUCGCCUAUUCUGUUGCUCGGUUCUUUUCCAAGAACGGAAGCCAUGUUAACUACUACAUGUAUCAUGGAGGUACUAACUUUGGAAGAACCUCUGCACAUUAUGUAACCACUCGUUACUAUGAUGAUGCACCUCUUGAUGAAUUCGGAUUGGAAAGGGAGCCUAAGUACGGUCAUCUAAAACUUCUUCACAAUGCGCUCAACUUAUGCAAGAAGGCACUUCUAUGGGGCCAUUCCCGAACUGAGAAGCCUGGCAAAGACACAGAGAUACGGUACUACGAGCAGCCUGGAACGAAAGUUUGUGCGGCGUUUCUAGCUAACAAUAACACAGAAGCUGCAGAAACAAUCAAAUUCAAGGGCAAGGAACAUGUUAUACCGCCUCGCUCCAUCAGUAUUCUCCCGGACUGCAAAACUGUUGUUUACAGCACAGCGGAGGUCAUCUCUCAGCACACUUCUAGGAACUAUGUGAAGUCGAAGAAGGCUAAUAAGAAGUUUGAUUUCAAGGUGUUCACCGAGACAGUUCCUGGUGAGCUUAAAGGUGAAUCUUUUAUCCCCGUUGAGCUCUAUGGCUUGACGGAAGACGUGACUGAUUACGGAUGGUACACAACAAACUUCAAGAUAGAUGACAAUGACCUUAAGAAGAAAGGAGGUAAGACUACUUUGAGAAUUGCAAGUCUUGGACACGCGUUGCAUGUCUGGCUCAAUGGAGAAUACCUUGGAAACGGACAUGGUAGCCAUGAAGAGAAGAGUUUUGUUUUUCAGAAGCAGGUUUCUCUAAAAGAAGGAGAAAACCACCUAACUAUGUUAGGCGUUUUAACAGGAUUUCCGGACAGUGGAUCUUAUUUGGAGCAUAGAUACACAGGUCCGCGUAGUGUUUCCAUCUUAGGCCUCAGCUCUGGACCACUUGAUCUCACCGAGAAAAACAAAUGGGGAAACAAGGUGGGUAUGGAAGGCGAAAAGCUCGGUAUCCACGCCGAGAAAGGGUUAAAGAAGGUUAAAUGGCAGAAAUUCUCAGGAAAAGCACCAGGGCUUACAUGGUAUCAGACACGCUUUGAUGCGCCAGAGAGCAAAAACUCAGUAGCAAUUAGGAUGAAUGGAAUGGGGAAAGGUUUGAUUUGGGUGAAUGGAGAAGGUGUUGGUAGAUAUUGGAUGUCGUUUUUAUCGCCUUUAAAAAAUCCUACGCAAGUAGAGUAUCAUAUACCUAGGUCUUUCUUGAAGCCCAAGAAAAAUCUUCUGGUUAUAUUUGAGGAAGAACCAAAUGUGAAACCAGAGCUUAUCGACUUUGUCAUCAUCAACAGAGACACUGUGUGUUCUUACAUCGGAGAAAACUACACUCCUAGUGUACGACACUGGACCAAGAAAAAUGACAAAGUCCAAGCCAUCGCUGAUGAUGUUUUUCUCACGGCUAAUCUCAAGUGUUCCGGUACUAAGAAGAUUGCCGCUGUAGAAUUUGCUAGCUUCGGAAACCCAACUGGGACUUGUGGAAAUUUCACCCUUGGAUCUUGUAAUGCUCCUGCCUCUAAGCAAGUCAUCGAGAAGUAUUGUUUGGGUAAAUCGGAGUGUGACAUUCCGGUGAACAAGAGCACAUUCCAGCAAGAUAAAAAGGAUUCAUGCCCCAAAGUCGUGAAGAUGCUUGCGGUGCAAGUCAAGUGCGGUCGCACCAAUAAGAACUAAGAAUCAGGAAUAUAAUUCUUUUAUUUGCUUUGAACGGUUUUAUACUUUUGACUAGUCGAUACAAAACUUAUGUGUCAAUUGUUCUUCCAUUUUUGAAUUUAUUAAUUACAAUGCCUAUCUACGGAUUACAGUUUUGAUUUGAAAUACUGAUUGAUUAAAUACUUUGUCCAAGGGAUUUAGUUUUGCUUCCUAACUUAUCUAUUCAGUUUUUGCGUAAGAUGGUUUUUGUUAUUUAUCUAAGUAUACAUAAUACUGUAUGUUUAUACACCGACCUUAAGAUGAGUACAUCCAAGUUUACUUGCAAUCAGAUCCUUCUAUUAGUACUUCCUAGGAUUUAUAAGAAGUUCACAUGUCAAACAUGUUUGUGUGCGUCUUAUAUGCUCAUCAGGUUAAGAAACAUUUACCUUGUACUCAAGUGGUGCAUCAUUUGUUAUUUUCGAAUAUAUCAUGAGCUUUCAACUUAAAACCAAUUGAUGGUUAACGGAUUGGUAGAAGUUAUUUAUAUACUAUUUCAUUAAAAUUUUCAAUGUGAAAACUUAUAUUAUUACACAUUCUUUAGAGAUUGGCUGAUACGAAGGAGAUGAUUGAAAGAUUGGCUUUGUUGAUCACUUUGACUAGGCCUGGGCAAAUAAACCGAAUCCGAUAACCCGAACCGAAUCCGAUCCGAUAAAAAUGAAUCCGAACCGAUCCGAACCCGAUGUAAAUACCGAAUGGAUCUUGUUUUGUGGUAUUUUGGGUUAUGGGUAUUAUCCGAACCGAACCCGAAUCUAAAUGGAUAUCCGAUAGAACCCGAAACAUUUAAAACCUCGAAAAGAUCUUAUACCAAACAUGAUCUCAAUUCCUAAUAUGUAUCCAAAAUACACUAAGAAAUAUUGAACAUCUAAAAUACUUAUCUAUUACAUGAAGGUUGGUGGUUCUAUUACAUGAAUGUUGGUGGUUCUAUUGCAUGAAGGUUGAUGGUUGAAGUUGGCCGUUGAAUCUUUAAGUAUUUAGAUUUAGAUUUUGUUUUCGUUAAACAAUGUUUCUCAUUUCAUGAGAACUUGGUUUUCGUUUUAUGCUUUUAUUUAUUUGGUUUUCUUUUUAUCAGUAAAUAUGUUUACUUUUCGUUUGAUUUUGAAUGAUCAAGGUUGAUGUUCCUUAUUUUUGAAUCGAUUUUACUUAA